CGGAUGACGUCAGAGCGACGGAGCCCGUGGGAACCGCGUGAGGAGACUGCGGCCCCCGGCCCCGUCCAGGGCGCAGGAUUGACAUUUGUGGAGCUAUAGUUCCUGCAUCAAAGAUUUAUUAACAAACAAGGAUUCCGAUGGAAGAUUAAAAGAGUGGGAAAGCUGGAAUCAGAGAAAAGCUUCUGUCCAACAAACUAAGACCAUGGAGAUGGCAUUAGACCCUUCCAGAGAUGACCUUCCUCUCAUGGCCAACACUAGCCACAUACUUGUAAAGCAUUAUGAAUUAGAUUUGGACGUGGAUUUUGAGAGCCAUGUCAUUGAAGGUGCCAUCAUCAUCUUCCUUGAGCCUGGAAGCGGAUGCAAGAACCUGAGUGGUCCUGAUGGGGGAUCUGGUCCUCCAUCAGAGUCAAGUGAAUCUGGCCAAGUGGAACCUUGCCACAUGCCUGUGACAAAUCUAGGUGCUUUCUCACCUGAAAUGAUAUCUAAAGAUUUAGCUGGCUGUGAUAAAAGUGAAAAAGACUCUUCUGAUAGAAGUGGUAACCAUGGCAGCAGAGAACAAACUUAUAGGAUUUCUAGUUCAAAGAACUGUUCUGAUCCAGGGAAUCAUGGAAGUGAGGAUUUUUUACUUAUACUGGACUGCUGUGAUUUAUCUGUAUUAAAGGUUGAGGAGGUAGAUGCUACUGCUGUGCCAGGUAUUGAAAGAUUUACAAGGUCUGCCAAGCUCCCUAAUGUUUCUAAGGAGCUCAGAAAUCAGAUUGUGCAUGAACUUGUGACCCUCCCUGCAGAUCAUUGGAAGGAACAGUUCUAUUAUUAUGCUUGCUGCAGCCAGGCUCCUGGUUGUGGAGAACUCCUGUUCACCUCUAGCACCUGGAGCUUACAAAUCAGAAAAAUGGGAGUUAAGACAGCCACUGACUUUCCUCACAUCAUAAGAAUAUGGUACAAAACAAAGCCUGAGGGGAGAUCAGUCACAUGGACCACAGACCAGAGUGGCAGGCCAUGUGUUUAUACUAUGGGAUCCCCAAUAAACAACAGGGCCCUUUUUCCAUGCCAGGAGCCACCAGUUGCCAUGUCAACAUGGCAGGCUACGGUCCGAGCAGCUGCAUCUUUUGUUGUUUUAAUGAGUGGGGAAAAUUCUGCCAAGCCAACACAGCUUCAGGAAGGGCGCUUGAGCUGGAAUUACUAUGUAACCAUGCCAAUGCCAGCAUCUACCUUCACAAUUGCAGUUGGGUCCUGGAGAGAAGUGAAGCUGGAACCCUGUUCUUCGAAUGAACUGUCAACUGUGACAUCUUUUCCAUCUUCAGAGGCAGACUCUAGGUGUGCCAGUUGGGUGUGUGGUCACAUGGAGUACCCUUGCCGAUUCCAGAAUCCCAAUGCUGCUUCUCAGGCAGUUAUUCCUUAUCGGGUGUUUGCCCCAGAGAGUCUUCAACACUGCUGUGAAGAGAACCUGAUGCAGCUGAUUUCUCCAUGCCUCUCAGCAGCACAUUCCACCCUGGGAACUCACCCUUUCUCCAGGCUUGAUGUGCUAAUUGUCCCGGCCAAUUUUGCAAGUCUAGGGAUGGCCAGCCCACACAUCAUCUUCCUGUCUCAGAGUAUCUUACCUGGAGGGAGCCAUCUCUGUGGAACACGCCUUUGCCAUGAAAUUGCUCAUGCCUGGUUUGGCUUAGCCAUCGGGGCUCAAGAUUGGAGUGAAGAAUGGUUAAGUGAAGGGUUUGCCACUCAUUUGGAAGAUGUAUUUUGGACUGAAGCCCAAAAGUUACCCCGUGAUGAAGCUAAGGAGCAGCGAGAGUUGAAGGCUUUGCUGCGCUGGCGCAGACUUCGAGAUGAGGUGCAGAACUCAGCAGAAGAGAUGCAAGUGUUAAGGCCCAAUAGAGAUGAAACGGGACAAGUGAGUGAGUCUGGAGCUUCAGUUGUCAAAUAUGGUCUUAAUCCAGAAAAGAUCUUCAUGCAAGUUCAUUAUUUGAAGGGCUAUUUUCUUCUGCGGUUCCUAGCCAGUAGGCUUGGAGAAGAAACAUAUUUCUCAUUUUUAAGAAAAUUUGUACGCAAAUUCCAUGGACAACUGAUUCUUUCUCAGGAUUUUCUUCAUAUGCUGCUGGAAGAUAUUUCAGAAGAAAAACGACUUGGCCUGUCUGUGGAAGAUAUCUUUCAGAAUUGGCUUGAUACUUCUGGAAUACCAAAGCCAUUGCAAGGAGAAACUCAGACUUGGGCGGAGAGUCGGCUCGUACAGCAAGUAAAUGAUGAGGUCACAAAAUGGAUCCGGGUAAAUCUGAGAGCCAGGAAAAGAAGAAGGAAGGAGAAUGAAGAAGUUUUUGAAAAGCUUCUUCCAGACCAGCUGGUCUUACUUCUGGAGUCUCUGCUAGAGGAGAAGACAUUAUGUCCCAGAAUUCUGCAGAGCCUAGAGAAAAAGUACCACCUCCGGGAGCAGGAUGCAGAGGUUCGACAUCGUUGGUGUGAACUUGUCAUUAAACACAAAUACACUAAAGCGUAUGAAGAUGUCGAGAGAUUCCUUCUGGAGGAUCAGGCUAUGGGUGUGUAUCUCUAUGGAGAAUUGAUGGUGAGCGAGAAUGCAAAACAACAACAGCUCGCUCACAAGUGCUUUGAGAUGACCAGGGAACACAUGGACAGGUCAUCAGCCAAGGUGGUGGCAGAGAUGUUAUUUUAAAGAGUGGCUAAGUUCUGCACCUGAAGAGAAGGUGAGAUGGGAACGUUAAGUGUGAACCUGAUUGGGCACUGAGAUUGCUGGCUGAGUUGCACCCUUUAUCACGUGGCCAUUUUCUAAGAGAUGGAGGUGUAAAAGCCCCUCUGCGUGCAUGGAAGACGAGGAAAAGAGACUGGAAAUAGAUCGAAGACUAUACUUUAUUCUGUCAAGAAUAUAAGGAUCAACUGCAAGUAUUUAGGCUUGUCUCCAUCUUAGAAACCUAUGAGGAUUAGCCUUGUCUGGAAGGUAAAACCUACUUGGGUAUAACAAGAACUAUUCUUAUGAAAAAUUGAGACCACAGAUAAAGUCAUGGAGGUCAGUGAAAGCUGAGUAAUGGUGUGUAUGGGUAUGUGUACACUUCUCAGAGGAUUGCUCGUCAUCCGAUUUGAUGGUUUGGCAAAAUGUCCUUUGUGUUUGUAGCCUCAACUCCUUCGGGUCUUCUCCAGUGAUUGGCUGGUCCCAGCGGAGCUUCCGGGUAGAGGGUAGCAGGGCUGCUGUUCUGAGCUGUUGAUUGGACCCGCCCUCCGGUGCCUACUGAGCUGAUAACAGUUCUGAUUUUACACACUGGCUCAGUUCAGCAGGAACAGGAGUCGAGCCCGAGAGCAAAAAAGACAACACCCCUUUUGUAAAGGGCACAGACGCUGGCCAGAAGCAUACCUGAUGGGGUGAAGAUGGCCCCAAGCUCCGACUGCUGCGACUUGAUGGAAAGUGUCACUGGUUCAAAGAAUAUGGGGGGAAAACCCCGAAUGCUUCUCUGAGAUACUUUUGUGUGUAUUGUUUGCAGAAUCACAAAGAUAUGGUGUACGUAAGCCCCUAAAACAUCAAUUUGCUUAACUUAAUUUGAUUUUGCUAGCAGUGUGUAGAUUGGAUUUCUUUGUCUCCUAUUGCUUACAGCCUCUAAAAAACCCAAAGAUGUAUGCAGGUGUUGGUCUAUUGCAUUUCUACCAAAUGAAAACUUUGCUGUAAUUUCUUUUAUCCUGUAGCAGUCCGUGUGAUGGUGAAGCUCAUCUCAUGUAUUUUGAAUGCAAAGCAGUAGAGUUGCAGAUCCCAGACUUAGAGUUAUAGGCUCUAGACACUAUUCUCUUCCUGCGCCCUCCAAUGAAUCUUUUUUCCCCCCAAAGCCGAGUGGCAAGGAAUACAAAGACACCUCUUUAUUGAGACCCUUUACAAGAAUUCCUUCGUUGGGACUGAGUAAUAAAUUUUAUUGCUGUUUCCUUUGCAGGAAAGAUCACAGAAAGAUUCUUUUACUAUAUCUACUCCCAAACCCUGGUGGUACUAGGAUUUCAUUGACCCUGAACAUCAAAGGAAGGGUUAUAUGACUGCUAAAACAAUCAGCUGACAAGAAACAUCUAUUUCUUUUUGCUUAUCUCUCCCAUAGGCUUCUUUCAACUGAACAUGUAGAAAAAGAAACUCCACACACAAGCUUAUAUAUAUGCUCACACACCAGAGCUCACUGUGAGAGCUCCAGCUUAUUCCAUGCAAAAUGCCCAGGCCAGAGUUGUGCGUGCGAUUCAGAUCCUUCAUGAUAAUCUCUAUAUAGACAUUCAAGCAUCUGGGAAAACCUGCUGAAAAGUACUGGUUCCUUCAGCAUAUGGGACUGAAGAGAUGUAGUUCAACAUUUCCAGAAAGCACAUGGUUUUUAUCUAGUGGGGCCAGCCAGUGGCCAGAUGUAUUUGCUAUUUUUCCUCCAUGCUAUUGCAGCUAAUUAUCCCCUAGUUGUUUUCUGUAGGUAUCCACAUUUGGAAUUUUGUUCUGAAUUUUUCCUGACUUUUUUUAAAGGGUUACCCAGAUAACAUGGAACAAAUCUAAAGUGUUCUCCAGAUAAAAUAGAGUUGACAAAAAAACUAAACAUCUUACCCUUAGGAUGUUUCAUUGCAAACAUUACUGCCUGAGUUUUAGUGUAGGUUACUGAUGUUCUUAGAGACCUUUCAAAUGAAAAAAAAAACCUAGUGGAUUAUUUAAGAUAACUAUUUUGAAAGGAAAGCAGUUUCUUCUGAUUUGUUAAGGACAUCAGUCAGGUGACAGCACAGACGGAUUUAUUUCUCCAUUUCUUUGGGAAGAGAUAAAGAGGUGAUUUUAGACCUUAAUGCAAAAAGAGCAUUUUUCUUCUCUUGCCUAAGGAGAGAGAAGCCAGCAGCACUUGACUUGGGACUGUUGGAUCAACUAUUGGUGCUUUGAAUAUGGCACGGGAUGCCGGGAAUCCCCAGUAUGGGGGGAGUACUUUGGAGUCUGUCUCUCUCUGGAGCCCCAGAGCAGAAAUGAAAAGCUUAAACCUCAAAAGGAGAAAACCAAAUAUUUGUUUGAGAGUCUAGGAUUUUCCAGAGGCUCUCUACCUUGAGUCCUGUUAUCCAGUUACACGAAGUCCUGGCAAAUAGCAGCUUUAAAAGCCCUUUGUGGGCAAAGCUUUAGGUCUCAACUAACUUGCCCAUAAUACUCAAAGAAGAAAUUUUCUCCAAAGAUUUGCCUUAUUGAGCUUUGCAAAUAACUACAUAUGUUGACCAUGUGCAAAUGUCUUUAAUUAUCUUUUGUACCACAGUGGUGGGGAAGAUGUGUAAAUUAGGUUUUAUGUCAUCGUUUUGUUUUUUUUUAAUAAAAUAAAUCUACUUUUCUAAGAUGACA